AUGGAUCGUUAUGCAUCCGCCAUUGAUCCUGAUUCUUCAUUGGAUGAAAGCAAGAAGAUGAAGCAAAAAAAUAUCAAUGAUUCACUUUUUAAGGAAAGAACACAUAAUGUGCAUCAAUAUUUGGCUAGAUGGGUGUAUGAAGCCGGUCUUCCUUUCCAUGCCAUUGAGAAUGAUAGUUUCAAGAGGUUUGUGGAAGCGGUUGGGCAAUUUGGCCUGGGUUACAAACCACCAACUCAAUACCAAUUAAGGGAGCCAUUGUUGAAGGAAGAGGUGGAGAGAACUAAGGGCUUAUUAAAGAGGCAAGAAGAGGAGUGGGCAAAGAAUGGUUGCUCUAUCAUGAUCGAUGCAUGGAGUGACCGGAAAAGAAGAAGCAUCAUGAACUUGUGUGUUAAUUGUGUGGAAGGGACAAUCUUUUUUUCUUCUAAGGAAGCAUCGGAUGAGUCACUCACCGGAAAGUAUAUUUUUGAAUAUGUGGACAAGUGCAUAGAAGAAAUUGGGCCACAUAAUGUUGUUCAAGUGGUGACGGAUAAUGCUUCAAACAACAUGAUGGCGGGAGAUUUGUUGAAGUUGAAGAGGCCAACAAUAUUUUGGACUUCUUGUGCAACUCACACCAUCAAUCUUAUGCUUCAAGGAAUUGGCACCCAACCUAAAUUCAAGAAUGUGAUUGACAAGGCAAAGAGUUUCACCAUCUACAUUUAUGCACAUCACAAGACUUUGCACUUGAUGAGAAAGUAUACAAAGAAAAGAGACAUAGUGAGGCCGGGAGUCACAAGAUUUGCAACCGCUUUCCUUACUUUACAAAGCUUGAUCGAGAAAAAGAUUGAAUUGAGAUCUAUGAUUACUAGUGGUGAGUGGAGUGAAAGCAAGCAUGCAAAGAGUGCAAAGGGGAAGACAGCUGCGAGUAUUGCUUUGAGUCCUUUUUGGAAUGGAGUAAAUCUUUGCUUGAAGGUGUUUGCCCCUUUAGUCAAGGUGCUUUGCCUUGUUGAUGGGGAUCGGAAGCCAUCAAUGGGCUUUGUGUAUGGAGAGCUACAAAAAGCUAGAGAAGAGAUUAAGAAGACAUACAAAAAUCAAGAAGCUCAUUAUCGUCCAAUCCUUGACAUUCUUGAUGGGAAAACCCGUGAACGACUUGAUAGUCCAUUGCAUUUAGUGGGAUACCUCUUGAACCCUUAUUACACAUAUGUUGAUCCAAGCAUUGUAAAUGAUGGAGUGGUUAUGGAUGGGUUUAUUGAAUGUGUGGAGAAGUUCUUUGGUGAUGAUCUUGACAUUCAAGAUAAGGUGACCAACGUAAAAUUGCACAAGUACUUGAACAAAGAGGGUUCAUUUGGAAAACCUAUCGCUUUGAAGGGAUGCUCACAAGAUAAUGAAAAUUAUAAUCCGGGUAAGAAGACUUCAUAA